UUCUCGGUCACGUGGGGGUCUGUGGAAACGGAGCAGUGAAAAAAGUGGUGUCUUCACAUUCACAUUAACGGAGAGUUUAUAGAGAAGCUACCCAGCUGUGAUUUCUCCUCGAAUUAACGGCAAAAAGAGACUGACAGUGGCGUGUUUUACUCACCUGGACCGUGGGGCGAGUUGAUUCAAAGAAGAAUAAUUCAAGUCGCAGCGGAGAACGAGUCUUUAGGGGAACAGAAAUUGUGUUUGUGGACGCUUUUUUUAAUAUAUAAUAAUAUAUGUUGACUCCUCGCGCUGACGUUUUUUCGCGGUAUUUUGUCUGCUGUAGUCAUUUUGUGUUAAAGUGACAGUUUUUUACAUGGGUUUUGGUGGUAGGCGCAUCCCGUAGCAUGGACUUGAAACGUUGACGCCAGUGUAUUUCAGCUGAGAACCGAGGCAGCCAGUCGGAGGAGGAACACCCAGGAAAAAUGAUGCAUCAUGGCAUGUGAUAAUCUAAACUUUGAGCAACAAUUUCAUGUCGCGGAGAGUGACAGCACGGGAAGCGGCAGAGACGAGGAGAUAACAGACUAACGUUGGUGAAAAAAGAGCCUCCCUCUCCUCGUUUUGUUGUGAAUGUUUGACUCCUAAAAGACCUGGGGGACGGGACGACAGUGUGUGUUGUGAUGCUUCUUCUCCAUUUCUUUUCUGGUGUCAGUUUUGGUUUCUCCAGCAAGAUCUGUGCUAUCCCGCAAUGGCUCGCUUUGAAGACGAACUGUCCAGCCGAUAUGGAGGCAGCUGUCCCGCGGGCCAGGCCAGAGGGGCCAUCCGGCAGCCGGGGCCUCCGGGGGUCCCUAGGAUGUACAAGCAGUCGAUGGCCCAGAGAGCCAGGACCAUGGCUAUUUACAACCCCAUUCCUGUCAAACAGAACUGCAUCACCGUUAACCGCUCCUUGUUCAUCUUCAGUGAGGAUAAUAUCAUACGGAAAUAUGCCAAAAAGAUCACUGAAUGGCCUCUAUUUGAGUACAUGAUCCUGGCCACCAUUAUAGCGAACUGCAUUGUACUGGCCUUGGAGCAACACCUACCGGCCUUAGACAAAACACCGAUGUCAGAGCGUUUGGACGACACGGAGCCCUACUUUAUUGGAAUAUUUUGUUUUGAGGCUGGCAUCAAGAUCAUCGCCCUGGGCUUCGCUGCUCACAAAGGCUCCUACCUGCGUAAUGGCUGGAAUGUAAUGGACUUUGUGGUGGUCCUAACAGGAAUCCUGGCCACUGUGGGGGCUGAUUUUGAUCUAAGAACACUGAGGGCGGUGAGAGUACUGCGGCCGCUCAAACUGGUCUCCGGCAUUCCAAGUCUGCAGGUGGUAUUGAAGUCCAUUAUGAAAGCAAUGGUACCUCUGCUGCAGAUUGGCCUGCUGCUCUUCUUCGCCAUCCUCAUGUUUGCCAUCAUUGGCCUCGACUUCUACAUGGGCAAGUUCCAUCGCACCUGCUUCAGGAUAGACACAGGUGAGCAGGCGGCAGAUUUUCCCUGUGGCCUGGAGGCGCCGGCAAGGACCUGCAGCAACGGCACCGCCUGUAAGGAGUACUGGAUCGGACCCAGCUUUGGCAUCACCAACUUUGACAAUAUCCUCUUCGCCAUUCUCACCGUUUUCCAGUGCAUCACCAUGGAGGGAUGGGUUGACAUCCUCUACAACGCCAACGAUGCCUCAGGGAACACCUGGAACUGGCUGUACUUCAUCCCCCUCAUCAUCAUCGGCUCCUUCUUCAUGCUCAACCUGGUGCUGGGUGUGCUGUCAGGUGAGUUUGCCAAGGAGAGAGAGCGGGUGGAGAAGAGGCAAGAAUUCCUGAAGCUCCGCAGACAACAGCAAAUCGAAAGAGAGUUAACCGGUUACCUGGAGUGGAUCUGCAAAGCAGAGGAGGUGAUGCUGGCUGAGGAAGACAAGAACGCAGAGGAGAAAUCUCUGGAUGGAGCAUGGUACAAAAAGAAACACAGCAACUCUGUGCUGAAAAGGACCAAAAAGAGUAAGAAUGACCUCAUCAACACAGAGGAAGGCGAGGAGGACCACUUCACUUACAUCUCAUCUGUUGGGUCGCCGUACACCCGGGGCAGUGAGAAGGGCAAGAACAAGAACUCAUCUUACUUCAGGAGAAAAGAGAAGAGGAUUCGAUUCAACAUCCGCCGUCUGGUCAAGUCUCAGAGCUUCUACUGGACUGUGUUGUGUCUGGUUGGCCUCAACACAUUGUGUGUAGCCAUAGUACAUUAUGACCAGCCUGACUGGCUUACCUCUGCUCUAUACCUGGCCGAGUUUGUAUUCCUGGGCCUGUUUUUGGCAGAGAUGUCCAUGAAAAUGUAUGGCCUCGGACCCCAGAACUACUUCCACUCUUCAUUCAACUGUUUUGACUUUGGGGUCAUCAUUGGCAGUAUUUUUGAGGUGAUCUGGGCUGCCAUCAAACCCGGGGCCUCAUUUGGGAUCAGUGUUUUGCGUGCUCUGAGACUGCUCAGGAUCUUCAAAGUCACCAAGUACUGGAACUCUUUGAGGAAUCUUGUGGUAUCCCUGCUCAACUCCAUGAAGUCUAUCAUCAGCCUGUUGUUCCUGCUCUUCCUCUUCAUUGUGGUCUUCGCUCUGCUGGGCAUGCAGCUGUUUGGUGGCCAGUUUAAUUUUGAAGACGAAACGCCAACAACCAACUUUGACACAUUCCCAGCAGCGAUUCUCACUGUCUUCCAGAUCCUAACUGGGGAGGACUGGAAUGCGGUCAUGUACCAUGGGAUCGAGUCACAGGGGGGUGUUCACAGGGGAAUGUUCUCCUCCAUUUAUUUCAUUGUUCUCACUCUCUUUGGAAACUACACACUCCUCAACGUGUUCUUGGCCAUUGCUGUUGAUAACCUUGCAAAUGCCCAGGAGCUCACUAAGGAUGAAGAGGAGCAAGAGGAGGCCAUCAAUAAGAAGCUUGCACUCCAGAAGGCUAAGGAGGUAAAGGAGGUCAGCCCCAUGUCGGCCGCUAACAUUUCCAUCACAGCUUUUCUAACACGCAGUCGAGGUAACGCGCACUCUAGCAGCUCAUCCAUCUGCAGCGUUAACUCACUGAGUUAUGUCUGCACCCCAGUCCAUCACUACCUGAGUAAGGAGCAGCAGAAGUCAGUGAAGAUGAUGUCUGUGUGGGAGCAGAGGGCCAACCAGCUGAGGAGGCAGAACCGAGCAAGCUGCGAGGCCCUCUACUCUGAGCUGUCCUCAGCCCACCACAUCCGGCCUGACAUGAAGACCCACCUCGACCGGCCGCUGGUCGUCGAACCUCGCGACGGGCCUUUGCUGGGUGGCCACCAACGCCACCAUCACAAGCCCUGCAUGCUGGAGGACGCUGAGACUGGCGCCGACCCUGCUCUGCCUUCUGUGCCUCACCAGCCCCGGCGCCACCACCGCCACAGAGACAGGGCCAGGACAAGAGAGGAGAUAAACGACAACGGUGACGCCAGCAAAGAUGGCGGGCACCACGUCCAUCACAGCCGCUCCAAAGACCACAACGGCAGCCAUGGCAAAGACGGGAAGAGCGACAGGUCCCGUAGCCGAGAGGGAGGCAGGAGGCACCACCAUCAAAGCUCAGUGGAUGACAGCGGGGGUGGGGGAGUCCCCAGUGAGAGAGAGCAUCGCCAUCAUUCACACCGACAGUCAAGAGGGGGCAAUGGGACUGUGAACGGUGGAGGGAGGGGAGAGCGAAGAUCCCGCCACUAUGACGGACGUACGUCUAACAGGGACGGGGAUAGGAAUUCCAGAGGAGACAGUGGUGUGAAUGGAGAAAGGAGGAGACAUCGGACUCAUGGAUGCAGGGGCCAAUCCACAGUUGAUGGAGAGGAGUCCAACGAGAGAGAGAAGACCCAGAGCCAUAGGGAAAGGUUUGGUGACUCAGAGGGGGAGUCCCUAGCCAUCUCCCCCCAGCAGGGCUCUGGGGGGACUGACUGGCCUGCUGACCGACCAGAGGACUCAGACAACCAAAGAAACGUCAAAAGAACUGGCCAAACCUCCAUCCACAUUCCUCCUGUGACGGUCACCUCCCCACCCGGAGAGACCACCCUCGCACAACCGAACAGUAUCGACUGUGAGACCAUGCCUAUGAAUGACACCCGGGAGGAUCUAGGUCAAAGUGGACCCAGACCCAUCCUGCCUUACAGUUCCAUGUUCAUCUUUGGACAGACUAAUCCGGUGAGGCGGUUAUGUCACUACAUUGUGACUCUGCGGUAUUUUGAGAUGUCCAUCCUGGUUGUCAUUGCUAUGAGCAGUAUCGCUUUGGCAGCAGAGGACCCUGUCUGGACAAACGCCCCUCGCAACAAUGUGCUCAAAUAUCUGGACUACGCCUUCACUGGUGUCUUCACUUUUGAAAUGGUGAUCAAGAUGGUGGACCUUGGACUGCUGCUUCAUCCUGGAGCCUACUUCAGAGACCUGUGGAACAUUCUGGACUUCAUAGUGGUCAGUGGGGCGCUGGUGGCUUUUGCAUUUUCGGGGACCAAAGGCAAAGACAUCAGCACUAUCAAGUCACUGAGGGUUCUCCGUGUCCUCAGACCUCUCAAGACCAUAAAGCGACUGCCAAAACUCAAGGCGGUGUUCGACUGUGUGGUCAACUCUUUGAAGAACGUGCUGAACAUCCUCAUUGUUUACAUCCUCUUCAUGUUCAUCUUUGCGGUCAUUGCAGUUCAGCUCUUCAAGGGGAAAUUCUUCUACUGUACAGAUGAGUCCAAGGGCCUGGAGAAGGACUGCAAAGGACAGUUCUUAGACUAUGACAAAGAUGAGGUGGCAGCCAUGCCAAGAGAGUGGAAGAAAUAUGAGUUCCAUUAUGACAACGUGCUGUGGGCGUUCCUGACCCUCUUCACCGUCUCCACUGGGGAGGGCUGGCCAACUGUCUUGAAGCACUCUGUGGAUGCAACAUUUGAAGACCAGGGUCCCAGUCCAGGCUACCGGAUAGAAAUGUCUAUUUUCUACGUGGUCUACUUUGUGGUCUUCCCUUUCUUCUUUGUCAACAUCUUCGUCGCUCUGAUCAUCAUCACCUUCCAGGAGCAGGGAGACAAGGCCCUGUCUGAGUGCAGCUUGGAAAAGAAUGAGAGGGCUUGCAUUGACUUUGCCAUAAACGCCAAACCUCUGACACGCUACAUGCCCGAGAACACGCAGUCCUUCCAGUACAGGAUGUGGAAGUUUGUGGUCUCGCCUCCGUUCGAGUACUCCAUCAUGAUCAUGAUCGCUCUCAACACUGUGGUACUCAUGAUGAAGUUCCAUGGAGCUCCAGACUUCUAUGAAGCAAUGCUGAAGAACCUCAAUAUUGUCUUCACCACUCUGUUCUCUCUGGAGUGUAUCCUCAAGAUUAUUGCUUUUGGUCCACUGAACUACCUGAAGGAUGCCUGGAAUGUGUUUGACUUUGUGACCGUGUUGGGCAGCAUCACUGACAUCCUGGUGACUGAAAUCAAUGACAGGCUGCUGAACCUGAGCUUCCUGAGGCUGUUCAGAGCUGCUCGGCUCAUCAAGCUGCUGAGGCAGGGUUACACCAUCCGCAUCCUGCUGUGGACCUUCGUCCAGUCCUUCAAGGCUCUGCCUUAUGUUUGCCUGCUGAUUGCUAUGCUGUUCUUCAUUUAUGCCAUUAUUGGGAUGCAGGUGUUUGGCAACAUUGAAUUGAAUGAGGACACAGCAAUCAAUCACCACAACAACUUUCGCACUUUCCUCCAAGCUCUGAUGCUGCUGUUCAGGAGUGCAACUGGCGAGGCCUGGCACGAGAUCAUGUUAUCGUGUCUUAGUCACCGAGCGUGUGACGAGAAAUCGGGGUCCAAUGGGAAAGAGUGCGGCAGUGAUUUUGCCUACUUCUACUUUGUCUCAUUUAUCUUCCUUUGCUCCUUCCUGAUGCUGAACCUGUUUGUUGCUGUCAUAAUGGAUAACUUUGAGUACCUAACCAGAGACUCGUCUAUCCUGGGGCCUCAUCACCUCGAUGAGUUCAUCCGGGUUUGGGCCGAGUACGACCCGGCUGCAUGUGGCCGUAUCAAGUACCUCGAUAUGUAUCAGAUGCUGCUCCACAUGUCCCCACCCUUAGGUUUGGGAAAGAAAUGUCCGCCAAGAGUCGCCUACAAGCGUCUCGUCAAAAUGAACAUGCCCAUCGCUGAUGACAACACCGUCCACUUCACUUCUACCCUGAUGGCCCUGAUUCGCACUGCCCUGGAGAUCAAACUGGCCUCAGGCAUGGUAGCCCAGCGAUUAUCUGACGCUGAGUUAAAGAAAGAGUUGUCCACUGUGUGGCCCAACCUCUCUCAAAAGACCGUGGACCUGUUGGUGACACCACAUAAACCCAAUGAACUGACGGUAGGGAAGGUUUAUGCAGCCCUGAUGAUCUUCGACUACUAUAAGCAGAAUCGAGCAAGGAGGCUACAGCUGCAGCAGCAACAGAGCACGUCAGGCUCCCAGUGCAAGGUCGGGGCUCUGUUUAAGCCAUUGCUGCCUCUGACUCACAUGCAGGAGAAAAAUCUGCCUACGGUGUGCAAUGCGGAGCCUCCCAGCAUGCUCCAGCCCCAGCCCAAAUCCCAUGCCAAGUCCCAGCCACAGACCAGAUCUAGCUCCAACUCCCUCAACAAUGGAGGCAGGCUGCCAGGUCAUGUCCACCUUAACCCAUCGUCUUCCUGUGAAAUUGAGAAGCCCAAGGAAGUGCCCCGAGCUAAGACUAAGAGAACCAUGUCAAGGGGCCCAUCGGAGGACACACCGGACACUGUCAUCAUUCAGGAGUCGGUGGAGAUGAGGGAGAUGGAGACCAGUCUGGAGAACCAGGGCAGAGCUGCUUCUAUGCCACGGCUCAAUGCUGAGCUGCAGCGGAGCCACUCGCGCCACUCUCCGGGGAUCCAUCUAGCUUCUGUCGCUGAUACCAGCCCUAUGAAGCGCUCAGCCUCCACUGUGGCACCACAGCGGCCCCAGGAGGUCAACCUGAGGGACUACACCCUGGAGAAACCCAGCCAGGAUCGACCUCACCACCGUCACCACCACCACCGCUGCCACCACCGCAGAGACAGAGACAAAGACAGAGACAGGGAGAAGAGACAGAGGUCUUUGGAUACACCUCUGGGUGGACAAGCACCCAGUUCUGCUGGAGCACCAGGAGAGCCAGCAUCCGACCCAGCUGCCCCCAGAGAGCGAGCCCACGACCGUGGACGCUCCCAUGAGAGGAAACACCAUCACUCCUCGGCGGACAAGCAGCGUUACUACUCCUGCGACCGCUACUGCAGCCGGGAACACUGCCACACCAAAUCUGCCACCGCCAGCUGUGCCGCCUCCCCCAGCGAGGGGCAGGAAACCAGCAACAAGCAGGGCAGUGGUUGGGUUAAAGGCAGCCCAGUGGCACUGAGCUCCAGUUCUAGCACGCCAAGCCGCGGACGUCGGCAGCUCCCCCAGACCCCCCUCACCCCGCGGCCCGGGGUGGCCUACAAGACUGCCAACUCAUCCCCCGUGCACUGUGUGUCCAGCCAGACCUCUCUGAGUCCCGGCCGGCUGAGCCGCGGCCUGUCGGAGCACAAUGCUCUCCGUCACAGCGGCUCGCGCCACUUCCCCUGCCCCGUCACUCGUAUCAGCUCCGAGCCCUUCCUGGGCCAGGGCCACGACGAGGCCCUGGGCAGCCUUUACAGCAGCCUCCGGGACCAGCUGGACGUCUUCCAGGAUGCUGCGUCAGUGUCACCCAGCCCCUGUGUCGGACGCUCAUCUCGGACCGCACUGCCUCGCAUGAUGGGAGCCCUGCUUCCCGCUCCGCAGCAGAACCUUGGGGUGCCUAACGGGUACCACUUAAGCUUUGGGGGCAGCACCAGCCCAGGCUCUGGCGUCAGGGCACCCAGGUAUUACCAGGAGGCAGAGGAGGACGAAUGGUGCUAGCAUGGCUUUAAACCAACCUUUUUAAUGCAUUUUUGAGGAAUUGUGAUGAGUUUUAUCAUCUUCUCUGAAGGCUUUAGUUUACAUUGUCACUGUGUGUGUUUAAUACCGUAUUUGAAUCCUAACUUGGAGAGCUACGGUUAGGGAGAACAUCUAAACCGGGAGAAAGCUUGAAGUGAUUUGAAUGUGAACAAAAACAGUGUCAUCUUUAUUAAAGAGCGCGUAGCAUUAUGAAACAGAAGAGUAGACUUUUUGCCAAUGUCAGAUGUCUUACAGUAGCUUGAUUUGCUUUGACUUCAGUGCUUUUCCUUCAGUGUUUAGUUGACACCACCAUAUUGAUCCUCAAACAGCAUUACAUUUUAAGCACAGAUUUACAUUUAGGUUGAUAAUAUCUCCUGACUUUGUAAGAAAAGGGAAGAUCCAAAGACAUUUUUGGGUGAUGUAGAUAAACCACCAGACCUGCUGUGUGUCAUUCAGUCUGUAUUCCAGGGAAACAAGUAUUUUGCUGUUUCAUCCAAGGGUGAUUUCUGAUUACUGAGCAGUAGGCAUGGGAUGAUAAUUUUUUUUUACGAUUAUCCUUGCCAAAAUAAUUGCAAUUCACGAUAUUAUCCAGAUAAUCAUCAUAAUAUGCUUAACAAUCUAAAAAUAGCACUAGAACAUACUGGAAUCACUGCCUUACAAAGAUUUUUAUUGCAUCAAAGAUAGGACAUUAUCUCUUUAAUUUCUCUAUAUAUCUCCAAAUAUAUAUACCUUUUUUUUUUAGGGGGAUACAAUGGGCAAACCAAGCCCUCCUUUAUGGUGACAGGCUUAGGGUUUUGGAAUAACUGCAAAGAUGCAGCCUCCCCCUUGUGGCAACUGACAAAUAAAUCAGGAAAUCUAUGUUUAUUAUACACUUAUAAGCUUUAUUUUUUGUGAAGAAACUAGGCUCUUGCGCUGCACAUGCUGCUUUGCUCCAAACAGGAUUCUUUGAGGGGGGAUACAGGGGAAUCUUAGCAGCUAAUUUUGGCUUAAUUUUGCCAAUAGCUAUUUGCAAAAACUUAAGAGCUGCAUUUAUAUUUUUUCUGCUAUUUGGGGACAGCACAACAAGCUUCAAACACAACCUUGACAUAUUAUCACCUUAUAAAGUUGAUAAGGCAAACAUGUUAGCAGACAGUUGCCUAAUUGCACAUAGAGCAGACAUAAAGCAACAAAUAACAUCCUUUUGGAGUUGUGUUUCUGACCACUUGAGAAUGUCCAGUAGUGUCUUUCUCUCCAAUAGGGCUGUGUAUUGGCAAGAAUCUGGCGAUACGUUCACAAUAUAGUGGUUACAAUUCAAUAUAUUUCAAAACUGUUAAAUAGGGGAUAUAUUGGGAUUUAAAAAGAAUCUAAGAUUUUAUGCAAUCAGAACAGUGGGAUCUGCAUUUAUAUUUAUUAGUCACUGUAACAUCCAACAUCACAGCCCUCAGUUUAUGUUUACAACACUGCUAUCUAGGGGUUGGGGGUUCAAACACACAAAUCAAUACUGUGUUUUUGAGGAUCAAUACUAACACAAUAUAUCGAUAUUUUCUUACACCCUUAGUCUCCACCAACUCCUGAGACAAAUAUCUGUCUUUUUAGCUGCUAAAGGCUCCACUAUGUUCACCAGCUAGUCUCCAACUGUGUCUGUGUGCUGAGCAGGUAGAGAAGAUGGGGUUGAUCAGAGCUUUUUACCUAAAACAGCUGCCUGCUGCUAACCUAACGGCUAAAGACAACACCACGCUCGAGGUGAGUUGUGCUCUCUUUAUCAGCUGGUUAACAGACCACAUUAUCAUUACAGCCAACAGUGCAACAUACUGUAUAACAGUGACUAAAGUUACUUAUUGACAGUAGCUGAAGAUUUGAAUUGCGUUUGAGAGUCAGUAUGGCAGUUUCAACAGAAAGUGGUGGCACUGCGAGUCAUUGUAACAGGACAAAGAGCAGGUCAGUGUAAUGAUAGUUCAAAAUGUUGGAAAACCUCAAAGACAUUAUGACACUGUACAAACAGCUGUGUUGUUCUUUAGUUUAGGACUCUACCAUUCCAUGAUGAUGCCUAAUCCUUUAUGACAUUCCCUUUGUGUCAGUCGAACAGAUGAAGUGCUGUCACACAGACAGCGGUGAUUGUUUUGUGUGUUAAAAUGUUUCUUGCAAACUUCAAGAGCGAAGCAACGCAUGGCAGUGAAAAGUACCUGACUGACUAAUUUGUUUUCUAUAAAACUUCCUUGUAGAUGUUCUCUUUUCAUUGUGUGCAUUUUUUGUAUGACUUGGGGAAAAAAACAAAGUUGUGUUUUACGUGAACUGCUUACGGUUUGCCAUCGUUUUCAGGUCUAAUGUUUCUUAAAGACUUCUUUGCGAUGUUUUAAGACAAAGUGCCUAUCCUUUUAGAUAUACUGUAGAAAAAGAUGCAAUGUCAGCUGUUUUCUAAUGCAUCCACACUUGAGUAGACGUUUGGUUCAUUGUGUAUGUAGCUCUGCAGGAAAACAUGUUGUACAGAAAGCCUUAUCUGCGAGCAGAGAAACGAUGCCUACGCUUAAAAGACAGGAAUGGAAAAAAACCUUCUGAAAGUCGAUUAUUUUUGUUGUUUUUGAUAAACCAUAAAACCAUGUAUGGGUGAGGGAACAAGAAUUAACAUUGUGGAAGCUAUGCGAGCAUUUAACUCUGAAAACUGCAUAAAUAUAUCAAUCCAGUUACAUUAAUGCCAGUAACACAGUGUGCAUGUUUAGAUGCUAUGACCACCUUGUAGAGUUUCUUUUUGUAUUUUUGGUGAGGAUAUCACAGGGCGAGUUGGUCAGCUGGAGUCUGAAGGGGUGGGGGCGUGCACUUUCUGGUUUAGGAUCCAGAGUAGCAAAUGGGGAUCCAGUCUGACUCUUUAUGGAUAUUUGAGUCAAUCCAGGCCCUGUCUGUGUGUGUGUGUGUGUGUGUGUGCGUGUGUGUGUGUGUGUGUGUGUGUGUGUGUGUGUGUGUGUGUGUGUGUGUGUGUGUGUGUGUGUGUGUGGAUUAAAAAACUAACACUGGUAAACUUCAGCUGUUAUGGAUGUAUUUUUACAUUUCUGGGUCCAGUUUGUUGUUCUGUGGUGGGUUUUUUUUUCAUACUGAUGGAUAACUGGCAAAAAAUGUGUGUUGUAAUGUCAUUCCAGCAGCUACUGUAACAUGGAGUGUGACAGCAGGAAAUGUUACAGUGAUCUGAUUCAUUCACAUAACAGGCUUUGGUGUCAGAAUGGAGAAGGUUUUUUUUUUUUUUGUAAAGCUGCUAGUUUGGACCAGGGUUCAGAAUCCACAGGGAGGAAGCUGAUUGUAAAAGAGGCAGAGUGACUAACUUAUCCACCCACAUUAGCAACAAUAGCAUCCUUAGCUGUGUCCUAAUUCAAUACCACAUACAAACUCCAAGCGUAUGCGUAUGUAUUCUCAAAGAUAUCAGUAUGCACACUAAAUCUGCUUGACUCUUUGGUGUGCUGUUGAUGGACUGCGAUGCACUACUACUCACAGCUGUAAACAGACUUUAAGAAAUUAGGCUUGAAAAUGCUUGAGGAGGAUCAUAGAAAACAAAACAAAGCCCAUUUUGCUCUCUUUCUUACAUGUAAUUGGCAGUGUCAUUCCAAAUUCUCUAGUGAUGCACGGGUAUAGAUUUUUUCAGCUGACUGAUAACUGAUCUUUGCUUUGUAAAAAGAAUAGUUCAUGCACACCUGGGAGUAUGAAAGGCUAAAUGUAGGCUAGUGAGCAAAGAUCGAUGAUUAAAUAUUCCAUAGCUCUGAUUGAAACAAAUCUGACCUUAUAUUGUUAAAACAACAAAAAUAUUUUGCAUAGGAAUAUUGGCCUGAUAUAUAUCGUGCAUCCCUAAAAUUUCAAAUUAGUACGAAAUGGUAAAGUUGUUGUAUAUUAUCUGCAAAAACACAACUAGAUUCGGGAUUUUAAAGCUUGUAGGUUAAAAAUGUAUGAUAUGGUUUGGUAAGGACUGGUUAAACAUAGUUCUAAAGACUUGUGGGAGAUAUGUACAGAGUGGGAUAUAUUACGGUGAAUAAAAUCAACUUGUCAGUGCUCUCCUGUGGACAAACUAUGUAAUGGUGACACUAUCUUUGGGAUUUCUCUACUGACAUUUCUUGUGAUUUAUUGACCGACCUGAGCUAAUAUCAGUCAAUAUAUCCCUGUACAAACUGUAAACUGUCAGUAUGUUGUAAGGUCUUAGGACACAGCUAUUAUGUCCACAUACACACUUUUGAUUGAAGGCAAGGAGUUGAUGCCUUUCACUGGGGCUUGUUUCUGGGAAAUGUAGGAAAUCCCUUUAGAACUGAAGCACUGUAUAGGUAGGAGAUGAGGCAGAUGGCUCAGCUGUAUAAACAGCAUUACAUACUGCUUUAAAGGUUUUAAAAUAACCAAAUCUCAUCUGGCUCUGUGAGACAGGACCCUCUAAAAGAAAAAUUACAAAUCACAAGCAACUCCUGAAAUGUAUAAUACCACAGAUUGAUAUCUAACAACGGCCAGAAGUGGAUCUGACAGUUAGUGGAGGAUUACUUGCCAACACCUGCCCCUUCUGCCUCACUGAUCUCUGCUCACAUUUUGAAGGAGGAAAUUCUCUGGCUGUUGGAUUUCUAAAAAUACAUCUUCCCAACAUCUAUCAGUGACAGAGCUCUGGAGGACUGUCUGUCCAUGCCUGAAACUGCACUCUGCUCUAGACUGGAUAUGUAGGCUGAUCUACACAGAAACAAUAUUUCUGAUAUGCAACUUGCUUGACACACGACUGACGUCCAUAUCAGAUUGUCAUUUGUGAAAUCCAUUGCUGCGCUUUUACAUGAUGGCAAACUGCAACACGCAGGAAAGAUUUUAACCUUUUCAGCAGCUGAUUGGCUAGAAGGUAUCUGUGGAGCAUUUCUUGAGAGGAGAGGGUAGUCGUGGCGGGGUGGGGGGGCUUGUUCAACCACAGCGGCACAUACCACAGAGGCCAGGCACAAGCUGAAAACUCAAGAGUAGGGCUAUGCAACAAGACGAUCCCAUUUCUCCAUCCAUCCUGUAGCUGUACAUGCUGGUCUCUUCAGAUCCAGGCUUCAGCAUGAUUGUGACCAAAUGUUUUUUAGAAAAUGCAAUGAAAAAAAACACGCAAACAAAAAAAAAAAGCAUAAAGGCACAAAGUGUAAACAAGAAACAGAUUAUUUAGAAUAUUUAGGAUUACAGCAACUUUAUACGUAUAUUUGCAUGCAUAACAUUUACCCACUUCAACAAUGUCAAAUGAAAAUCCCAUGGCUCUACAUGGGAGGUGUGUCCUGUUAGGUCACAAUAAAAGGGUUUUCAUAAAUCAACCUUGAAAUGAUUCUUGUUGACAAAGACAGGAACACAUUCUUCUGCAGAUAAAUGAAUUAUUUUAAACGUUUUAUCACACUACAGCAAAAAACAAAAAAAAAACAUCAAAACAGCUGUACCUUCUUUAACUAUGCGGCCUGUGUAUUGUGUCAAAGGAAACUUACCUGUGCCCGAGUCUGGACCAAUCGGCCACCAAACAUUACAAGCGAUCCGAUUUCUUGAUUUCUGCAUACCAUUGGCAGUGUAGAUGUGGCUUUUUUCUUGAGAAAAUACAAAUGUUUGCAUGUUCUAACAAUGUAUGUGCAUGUAGAAAACUUAGUACUUUUAGAUACCAUGUGUUAUUUUGAUGUUGAUUUUUAAUAUUUGAUAUAAACUGUGGGGUUUGUUGAAAAGAGAGAAAUUUCUAUUAAAACCAGUAUUGAACAUUGUUGACAGUUCCACCCCGUGCAGCAGAGCUGGAACAUUCCUUUCUUUGGGUCUUGGGAUUCAGUGAAAUUAUUGUUUGCCUGAUUUUAUGUUUCAUGGCCAGACUUUGAAUUCUGCAGUUGUUUCUACAUUAAACAUUUUGUAUGAAGCAAAGCUCCUUGAAAUAAAAAAGAAUGAAAUGAAA